GCUGAUAAAAUCAAGUGAAGUCAUGAAGUUAACAGAAAUGAGCUUUUAAGUAAGUUACCAAUGUCAAUUCAGUUUGCAUUUUUAGUUUUAGUGUGUACGCCUACGCCUGUAAUGGAAAUAUUAUCGAGUGAACUAAUAAGUCGACACAUAAGUAGACUCGGUAGUAUUUCUAAAUAGUUUGGGGGAUAUAUAUACCAGUCAGAAAACACAGUAGCUUUUCGAAGAACGUGUUUCUUAUCUGUGCUACUGUAGGUCUACUUAUACCAUCGCAGUUACUGGUUUCAUGGGCAAUAGUCUUAAUUUACACAAGUUUAAUUUACCUGGAAGGGAAUUAGUUUCACUUUCGAUUAAACGUCCUGGACUUGAACUUAUGUAGCCUUGAAAUAUGAUCAUGCCGCCUUGACCUGAAACACACUGGACACCAUAUGACACGAGUUUACCGACACCCACGUGACCAUGGAGAAAAAGGGAAGCAUGAUUGAGGUUUUUGGGGUGCCAGAUGUUUUACCAGCUGACAGGACAGCUGAUAAACUGCAGAUUUAUUUCCUCACAGCCAAACAUGGAGGAGGAGAGGUGCUGAAGGUGCUGUACCCCUGCUCUCAGCCGGGGCAGGCUUUCAUCUUGUUUGAGGAGCCUGAGGUUGCUGCUCGAGUCUUGCGAAAGGGCUCCCAUGUGUUAGAGGUGAAUGGUCAAAAAUAUCAUCUAACAGUGAAAGCACCUGAGCAUCUUGAGAUGGAUUUACCAGUGGAGGCAACAGUACAUUUGAAUAUUUUCCACAAUAAGGCAGAGGUACGAGAAAUCCUCAGGUCAAAUGGCUUUGCGUUGACAGAUCUGAGCAGCGAUCAGGUGCGUGUCAAGGGGUCGUUUCUGAAACUUAAGACUGCGAAGGCGUCUUUGGAGCAGCUUCUUCAAUCACAAACUAAGACGGGCAUCACGCCGGUUCCAAAGGCUUCUUCUGGAGCCAUUUCCAAAUACUACACCAGCAACAGCUCAGUGACACGUGGUAACAGAAGCCAGUUAGGAUCCCGAGAAAUGCCUCCGCAGGCUUCUCCAUCUUCACCCCCCCCCUCCUCAUCCUGGGCAUCUGCCUCUCCCAAAAAGCAUCCAACCUCUCCAGAGUACAGAGCUUCGUUUUCUCCAAGGCCGGACCAGCGUGGCUCAUUCAGAGCUGGAAUGGAGUCCUUUGUCGUUGAUGCAGAUGUGUUUAGGUAUGCAGACCGGCUCAGGAAAAAAGACAUUGAAGGCAUCCUAAACAGCCAUAAUGUUACAAUGGAAAAGCAUGAAGUUGGUGAUAGCUUCAAGAUCACUUUACUGGGGAAGAGUGUGCGAAUAGCUGUCGGAAAACUACAGAGCCUCCUGAAUGAUCUCAACAAAUCACUGCGCACACAGGAAGUUCCUCUGAAGGCCAUGGAUCGUGAAGGCCGGGCUCUUUUAGAAAGAAUUCGCAAAGACAGAAACAUUUACAAUUUAGUGCUCGUAUGUCCGAUGAAUGACAAACUUCACCUGAUAGGACCGUCUGGCGAGAGCUACGAGUUAAAGCUGAGGCUGUUGGGGAGGUCGGUUGACCAGUCAGGACGUACAGGCAGGGCACCCUCCAGGAGGAGGAGCAGCUCUCUUCCACCAAUCAGACGCAAGAACACAGACAGAGAUAGCGGUGCCGUCGCUUAUCCAUCUCCUGUGGCAGCUGCAGGUUACUCUCCGUCAAAGUACCGGGACGAUAAACAGGAAGGUGCUGAGCCCGAGCGGGGAGCUACUGCUAGGUUUGGUCCAAGUGGAGCUUUGAGGGGAAGAAGCCACUCUGAGUCUCGCGGAAAAACACAGGCAGAAAACGUUAAUGUGCAAGAGGUGGUAACCAAACCUCCUGAAUCACCCAAGAAAGCCUUAAUACAAUUUAAAAAUUUUAAUUCAAAAGAUUUCAAGAAAAAAUUUAAAUUUAUGAGAAAAUGAAAAAUGAGCAUCGGUUAUGUCCAUGAAGGAUUUUUUUUUUUUUACACUCUUAGUACUUUACCAUGCUAUAUGUGUUAUUUGUCUAACUGAAUAACAGAUUUGAGUAUGCAUUGACAUGGUGUUGCAGCCUGAUUGAUACUGGAUUUAUUGGGCCAAUGGCAUUACCAAAAUUUGGGCUCUAAAGUAAAAAGUUUAAAGGAAUUACAGUUUACUGCGUUCCUGCCUAUAGUUAUAAGAUAUGAUUAAUACCACUCAUAUCUGUACAGUAAAUAUGAAGCUAUUGUCAGCAGCUGGUUAGCUUAGAAUAUAUUCUAUCUUAUUAACCAACAGGCUGAGCUACAAUUAGCCGAUAAUAUCAGCUAAAUAUCCAUUGUUGAAGUGUAAAAUUAAAAUUGAACCGUCAGAUUGAUGAAUGUUGUUAUGUGGUUCAAUAUACUGACUUAGACUGACACUGUAUUCUUAAUAUUCAUCAUACUCAAACAAUAAUAACCUCUGCGUAAUAUUAAUAUUAUUAAACUUUACGUUAUUUACAGGUUUGGCUGACAUCUCUCGCCCAAUUGUGUUUUACUGCUUGCACUGUAAAUGUUGGUGAUAAACUGACUGGCUAAAAUAUAUUUUUGACCGGUAGUGUAAAUGGUAAAAAAUGAACAAAGAAUAAUACGGCAAUGUAUCAAAUAAAUAAUGGGCAUUAAAAAACACUAACAUUAACAAUAAAGUACAGUAGUAUGUU